AUGUUUUUAAUAAUGUUACAAUCCAUCUUCUUUUUAGAGCUAGCUUAUGAAAGAUUUAGUAGAAUUUUCAAUCAACUGUGCAAAGAUCAAGAAUAAAAUGAUAGUUCCCAGUCUCCUAAUGGUAAACAAAGGCGCCAACCCUGGGGAAUAUUGAUAUUUGGUAUGAUACUAGCAAGUGCUUUUGUGGGAUGGGUUAAUAUAGAUAGGUUAAAAAACAAAAUGAAUCACAAGAAGAAAUUCGGUGAUGAAAAUUAUGACUUAGUGGAAAUAUAUGAAUUAAAUCCCGACUAUUAAGCGAGAAAAAGAUUUGAAGAAAACCUUUUAAAGUUGAAAUCUCAUCAUACUGAUUUUUUGUCUUGUAAAAAUGCUUAUAAGUUAGGUAAUAACAAAUAAUAAGAAGAAGCUAAUAAAGAUGAUGAAGAAUCUACUAAUUUAAAUAAAGGGUAAAAUGAAGAAGUUGAAAUAAGUUUAUAAUAAAUAGAGAAAGUAUAAAAUAGUGUUACACCCAAUUAAAAUCUUGAAAUAUGA